AUGCUGCGGUCGCGUAGCGACGAGGUGAGGGUAGGACAUGGCCAGGACAUGGAUGAGCCUCUGUCCGUAUCAGAGAGAUUCAUGCUAGAUGGUGACUUGUAUCUGGACUAUGAUACGCCAAGAGCCUCGAGGUGGGUGUGGUCAAAGUGGCGGAGCUGGGUCCGGUCGUGGACGAGAUCGGACAUGGCCAUGGCUGGCAUGUCGCUAGGUCUAUUUGCGUGCAUGAGCUUCUACUUCUACAUUCCCUCCUCACUGUACAUUUACGUCACUUGUGUAUGCUUUACGGCGCCGGCCAUGCUGGUCACUACGCUCAUGCGACGGCUCCGAACCAGACGCACCGACCAAAAGAAGCGACUGCAGGUGACGGGCGUCAUUACUGCCUUUGUCCUUGCCUGCCUUGUCAGGGAUCUGUUCUUUUCCGCCUCUGUACCUCGGCACUGGCGCACCCCGCGGACCUCUACUUAUUACAUCGCAUCCCUCCUACACAAUUCCGAAGCCAUUUUGCCUCACUACAGUCGCUCGCUCCUUCACCUGGCCAAGGACCUCGGCCCGUCCAAUGUAUAUGUGUCUAUCUACGAAAACGACUCGCGUGAUCGCACACCGGCGCUUCUGCGUACGCUCGACCAGCAACUGCAGAGUCUCGGCGUGUCCACUCACAUUGUGACAGACACGCAAUCGAAAGACACGCGGCAAAAAGACCGCAUUGAGCGUCUCGCGACAUACCGCAACCUGGCCAUGGCGCCAUUGAAUGAGGCACUCGGGGGUAUGCUGCAUGGCAAACCAUUCGACAAGGUGAUCUGGAUCAACGAUGUGUUCUUUGAGUCGGAUACCGUUCAUGCCUUGUUGGACACGGAAGGCGGUGAAUUUGACCAGGCAUGCGCGAUGGACUUUUGCUGGCUCGGCUUCUAUGACACUUGGGUCAUGCGCGAUGCGGAUGGAAAGACGAUGCGCCCGUUUUGGCCCUACUUCCGCGCCACGCAGGAUCAAGCGGCGGUCCGUGCGAGACUGCCUGUGCCUGUGAACGCUUGCUGGAAUGGCAUUACAGCUUUUGAUGCGCGCUGGUUCAUGAAUGCCACGACGAAUGCGUCGCUUCCCACACUCACAGCGGCGAUGGCCCUGCCGCCCCACCGACCCCUGCUGCACCAGGACGCCUUGGACCGGGCCGCGACGGUGCCGUUGUCCUUCCGCAGCAGCUCGACGUGCUUUGCGUCCGAGUCACUGCUCUCGAGUUUGGAUAUGCAUCGCAUCUCGUGGCCGCAUCGUCCGCGCAUUUACGUCAACCCCGACCUCGUCGUGGCGUACGACCGGCCGAACUAUGUGCUCUACGGCUCCAUGAUGCGCUGGAGCGUCGUGGCGCCGUGGCGCUACAUCUGGCAGUACUGGGUGGAACACAGGCUCAUGGGCUUCGCGCUGCACAUUCUGCGCCGCGUCGAUCCGUGCACCGAGGUGUUCCAGCCGUACUGGGUCCCGCGGUUGCCGCACCUGCUCAGCUCGCCCUAG